AUGGAGCGCCAUAUUUCAAAUUUGAAACAACUCGGCGCCAAAGAAUACCGCUUUUCGAUUUCUUGGGCUCGUUUGUGCCCAACUGGCAAAUGUGCUGACGCAAAAGAUCAUGAAAAACGAGGAAUCGAUCACUACCACAGCUUUCUCGAUCUUCUUCAUGCAGCUGGAAUCGAGCCAUUUGUGACGCUCUUCCACUGGGAUCUUCCGCAAGCUCUUCAAGAUGAAUACAACGGUUGGGAAAGUGCGAAAAUUGUGGAUGACUUCGCAGAUUAUGUCCGCCUUGUUUUUCGAGAAUACGGCGACAGGGUCAAGAAUUGGAUCACACUGAACGAAGCCGAGCUUGGUUUCUGGGCGGAUCCAAUCUACCUGACCGGCGAUUAUCCCGAAUCUAUAUUGAAACGAUACAACGAUUCGAUUCUCCAGCGCUUUACUGAUGAGCAAAAACAACAAAACAAAGGAUCCGCCGACUUCUUCGGACUCAACACAUACACGACUCAACUGGUUACUGACGGAGACAAGGACGGAAAAAAUAAAGGAGUCGAUUGGACCGGCCAUACUUGUCCUCAGUGGCCUCAAGCUGGGUCCGAAUGGCUUUUUUCCGUUCCAUGGGGUUUCAGACGGCUACUCAAGUACAUCGAUAACCGAUACGACUCCACGGCUGUACCAAUCUUUGUCACUGAAAAUGGAAUUUCAUCAACUGGGAACGGCACCGAUUCGAAGCCAGAACUCAAUGAUCAGUGGAGAAUCGACCACUUUACUAGCUAUAUCGGACAAAUGAGGCGAGCAAUCGAGGAAGACGGAGCUAACGUCCAAGUUUACACGGCCUGGUCUUUGAUGGACAAUUUUGAAUGGUCAGAUGGCUACAGGGAUCGUUUCGGUCUGAUCUGGACGGACUUUUCUAGCGAAAACAGAACGACUCUUUUCAAGCAAUCUGCGCGGUUUUACUCUGAUCUUAUUCAGGUUUUUCUUUAA